CCUCCGAUUCAUCGUCCCCUCAUCCCGCUGAUGACCUAUGAAAGUGAUCCGUUUGCUAUGCUUAUUGCUUCCGGCGAAGAACUGCGACGUGCACUCAGCAAGAUAGGCAGGAAAACAUUGUUCAUAGUUCGGACGUGCGCGGAUAAUUUUCAUCACAUACCCCGCAUACUCGCGAUUGUGAACCUCGCUUCUUCGCCUGGACUACCCAGCAUCGAUUUUUGGUGACACGCUGUGAAGUCCGAAUCGGUGGCCUGGCGUGAAAACGAUUGUGUUGGCAACGCUGACCUCACAUCCCUUCAAAGGCUCUUUCUGCCAGCUACCUGCCGUUGCUGAUCCCUCUUUCCAUCAAAUCGCGUCUAGUGUUCACCGUCCGUGCACCAUGGUUCUUCCAUCUAUUCUGACGGUUCCCACCAUCCUCCUGUCAGCCGCAGGACUGACACUGUGGGUGACGUGGAGUUCUCCGGACGCUCCCUUCAGCGCUCCAAAGUUUCACGAAUCGUCCCAUCAUUACUCUGACGUCGCUGAGCGAUCUCUGCGCCUGCAGCGGCCGCAGAUGCGCAUGUAUGAAGCGGAAGACGUGAUGCCGCAGCCAGCCCUGCCAAAGGGAAGAUCCAGAAGAUGUGUACCAAAGCCCGGCCUCGCGGAAACGGACUUCUGGAAGGACCGAGCGGGCAUGAACAAUCUCUACGGCAGCCUGAAGUGCUUUGGCUUGAUGAAGCUGCUGAACCGCUCUUUCAAGCUGCCGCUGCUCGAGGACCACGGCUUUGGCGGUGCUGACAUUGACGGGGAGUUCUCCGCGGACGCCAAGCGGACGACAGCGAUGACGAACUUGCUCAAGGUGCUCGUGGCCCUGAAUGCGGCGCAAGCCAAGCGGACGACUACGACCAAGCCAAAGUUCCUGCUUACCGUUGCCGUGUCUGCGAGUCGGACGCACAUCUCGACGAUGAACCUGGCCGGCAUGGACCACACGGUGGAGCACCAGGCAAACCUGUACAAUGCCACCAACACGUCGCCGGCGUCGGAAGCGAAGGGCUCGGGCUCGGGCGAGAUGCAGGCGCGCAUGAAGGCUGGCAUCGCGGCGCACAAACUCGUCCUUGGCCUGCUGCUCUACGGGUGCUCAUUCGGCGUCGGCGCCGGCGGCGAUGGGUACUGGGAACUGAAGGCGCUGCCGCUGUCUGCCAGCCAACAUCACAGAGGACAUCUCGGCAAGCUCGACGCGACCAAGAACUACAUCAGCUACCCCUUCAAGUUUGACAAUGCCCGCAACGGCUUCAAUUGA